AUGGAUUCCUCUCGGGACUCCCCCAAUUUACGGCCCAAUGAGUCAGGGACUGACAGCGAUGUCGGAUCUCUAUCCCCGGCCAACGUCUCGGAACCCAAUCUUGUGCCGAGUUCUACAUCCGACUCUGUGCCACCCCAACCCGAUUCAGAGCCAAGUCUCCGGGCUCCGACGCCGCCGUCUACAAGAGAGACCGAGGAGACCGAGCAUGCCUACUGGGCCGAACUUCAAGAGGAUACAUCCACACCAGACGAGGAGGAAUUGAAGGAGAUCGACGGUGCCGAAGCGGACUACAGUGCUUGUGACCACACAUACUGGGAAAGCAAUUUCUUUCGGGACUUGGAUGAUCCGGAAUACAAGCCUAGAGAGAAAGCCCGUCUGACAUGGAAGUUCAAAGGCGUGCGAGGCACACCCGAGGCCCCCAAUCGUGCAAAGGUUAUGCGCUCUCCGCCGGCUUUCAUUGGUGGAUAUUGGUGGCGAAUCAAGUUCUUCCCCCGCGGCAACAAUGUGGGUUCGCUGAGUAUUUACCUCGAGUGCUCGCCUACAAUGCCGAGCCCUGAUGAAGAGCUUCCUGCAACUGAAUUUACUAUCCGUCGAGGUGAACCUGGUACCAACCUCAACGAGACCUCACCCGAUGCAUACUUGCAGACACCUGCCACAACCGACUCGGCGGCAUGGUUAAAUGAUUUUAAAUUGCGGUAUCCUGCUGCGGCAUCUGCGCGCCAGGGAAGUACGGACCCAUCCCCCGACCCGUGGCGGGUAUCGGCACAGAUUGGUGUCAUCGUUUACAACCCCGAUGAGCCAAGAACGGGAUGGAUGCAAUCUUCGUGCCAUCAAUUCAACCCAAACAAUCUGGAUUGGGGCUGGACAUACUUCCAUGGACCAUGGGAUCAGAUUCACAGCCGUCGGCGUGGCCAGCACCGCGCUCUACUCAACAACGAUACACUGGCAUUUGAUGCUUAUAUUCGUGUGAUUGAUGACCCAACCAAGUCCUUGUGGUGGCAUCCCAGUGACUCUGAGCCAACUUGGGACAGUCUUGCAUUGACUGGCUACCGGCCACUCGGAGACUCGGUCAUCAACCACAGCGCCGAGGUCGCGGGUCUUGCGUCCUGGCUGCACAUUGCACCCUUCUGCAAGAUCAUCCAAAGUGUUGAUGUCCUGGAACAUCUCACAAACUGCGAUGCAAAGCCAAAGCCCUUGUGCGAUGCUAUGCAGAAAUUGUUGUGGCAGCUACGGUGUCGCACCAAGUCGCUCCAAUAUGUGGAUACCGACGGCAUCACCUCUACCUUGCGCAACCUGCGUGAGUUCUCAGGUGAUGUGUCGGAGUUCUGGGAGCGACUGCGUCGUACCUUGGAGUUGGAACUUGCGGGCACAGAUGCUGGCAAGGAAUUUGCUAAGUUGUUUGAUAGCCCGUUGCCCAAUUUUCUGUCUGCCACGGAUGUUGCAGGCACUGUCAACACUUUGCCUACUGAUUUCAAUUCUCGCAUCUGUGUGCAGUCCGAUCAGGUCAAAUCCACUAGAGAAGCUAUGAAGAGCUACUUGGAUGCCAAGCCUGGUCGUUGGUCACUUCCUCCGAUCCUGCACGUGGAAUUUUGCCGCCAGACCCUUGAUAAGACCAUGCGCUGGCAAUUGAACUUCAGCAAGGUGGAUCUAGAUGAGGAGUUGGAUCUUACACCGUGGGUCGUCGAUGGCCAGGGCAGCAAGUACGUCCUCUACGGUUACGUUGUCCACCGCGGCCGUCGCACUUCCAGCAAGUUCUUCAGUAUCCUUCGCCCUGCUGGUCCAGGGACCAAGUGGUUGGCAUUCGACGAUGGCAGUGACAACCGCGUAGAAUGCUUGACGCAGAAGACUGCCAUGGGCGCUCACCUUGGUCUUGAUCCGUCCCAGACCGUGGACCACAAGAAGGGCCAUGACGUCCCGGUUGUUGCAAUGUACGUCCGUAGUGACAUGGUCUCAGAGCUUCUGCCUGGUCCCCAGGGACCGUGGGAGGUGCCGAACAGUUUGAAGGAGUACUACGAGACGGGCGUGUACAGCCCCAGUUCCGAUGUCAAUGACAAGUCAUCGAAAGGGGAAGUUCAGGUUGAGGUGUAUUCUCUGCCCGAAUACGAUCACCUGGAUAGUCUCUUCGACACAUACGAUCUCAUGUCGAGUGCUAAGGCCAACAAUGGGGUUAUGUAUAUGACUCUGCCUAGUUCGUCUCGCUUGGCCGAACUGCGCAAGAAGAUUGCUCAUUGGAAAUCAGCCGGUGAGGAGGUUAUUGGAGCCGAACGGGUUCGUUUGUGGCACAUUGGCCACACUCGUGCUCAGUGCGGAUCUACUCUAGCUUUUGAACAUAUCACCGAUCUGAACGCUCCAUUGGAUGCUUCUGCAGGCACUAUGCGAUUCUGGAUGGAGGCAAUCUCAGAGGAUGAUGCGAAAUUAUUUGCUAUCCCCGAUCCUCCUUCGGCUACCACUACCGAGGACAAGCUAGAAGAGUCCAUAGUUGAGCAACUAGGUUCUGAAAGCAGCAGUUCGCUGCCUUUGGUCAACAAUGGAGACGCGAUUGCUAGCUCAUCCAGAGGUGAUGCGAGCCCUGUUGAGAGCUCCCUACCACCCCUGGCAACCUCGUCCCCUGAAACUGAUGCAAUGGCUCACGAGCGAGCUGAACACGAUGCUAUUCUGGCUAUUGCGGCAGCUCCCGAUGUCAACUCACCAGCUCCUCAGCCCGCUGCUCCUGUUCCUGCUCCUGCGGAGUCCUCUGUGGUUGUACCGAUAGAGACUGAAGUCAGCCUCCCCGUCGGCCAUGCUUAUUACUUCAUCCAAGUCUUCGAUGAGGACAAUCAGGUCCUCCGCACAGUUGGCUCGUUUUUCUCGAAGCUCGAGGCAAACGUCAAGGCAUCCAUUCGGAAACACCUGAAGCGGACAAUCCGACAGGACUUCCUCAUGUGGAAGCGCGUGGAUGGGACAACUGUCACAACAGUAUCCCCAGCCGAGAACUUUUUGGACGUCGUCGUCCCCCACGGAUCCUGCAUCAUUGUUGGGGACAAGUUGACCAAGGACAAACGUUCCCAACUCGGGCUAUCCGGUCUCUUCUCCAGCCCAGAUCGUCUAGUUCAGUACCUCUGGGCCGAAUCCCGCAACCACCCUGUUCAAGGAUUCACCGGUACCAAGACCAUCGAAGCCACAUUCACAAGUGACUUCUACAGUGGCGAGUUCCUAAAGGGCUACUACCACGGACGCGGCAAACACCUUUCCGGCAGUGGAACAGUCUACGAAGGCGACUUCAUCUUCGGUCGCCGUCACGGCCAAGGAAAGAUGGAGUACCCAACUGGCGAUACAUACGACGGCGACUGGGUCGAAGAUGUUCGCCAUGGACAGGGAACAUACGUUGAGAAGAAGACCGGCAACUCGUAUGUUGGUGGCUAUAAAGAUGGCAAGAAGUACGGCAAGGGUAUCAGCUACUGGGAAGUCGCUGAUGAGGAAGCGGAUCUUUGUCAGAUAUGUUAUUCUGAAGAACAGGAUGCUGUCUUCAUCGACUGUGGCCAUGUCUGCUCUUGCGUGACAUGUGCUAAGCAGGUUGACCUUUGCCCGAUUUGUCGGAAGACUAUUAAGAGCGUUAUCAAGAUUUAUAGGACAUGA